AUGUUGUUCGCCGUUUACUCAUUUUGCAAAGUUGGUGGCGAUAUAAAAAUUUACGCAGAAGUCGAACUGAGUUUUUUAUAUGUAGCAAAUAAUUAUAAUAAUAGUUGUAUAUCGGAUCAAGAGCCAAUCGAAGAAUAUCCAAUCACUAUAGAACGGUCAAAAGAUGAUUACCCAAUCAAUGUAGAAGGUAUAGAUUUCAAUGAUCAAAAUUCAUUGAUAAACUUUAAUAGAAUCUAUAAUCUCUAUUACGAAUGCUUGGAGAAUGGAAAUGAUAGUUUAAGAUCACAAUGUGUAAAGUUCUUUGUUGACUAUCAUGAAUACAAGUUUAUACAUAGUAUUGACAUUCAAGGUUAUAUCAAGUUCAUUGUCGAUGUCUUCUUUGAUCCCGAGUUCGAUGUAUUCAGAAAGAUGUCGUCGUUUUACUGUGGAUCACAUAAACCAACAAUACAACAAAUAUACAACAGAAUAAUCAAUGAUAAAAGAGUAAUUAUUAAUAAAUUGAUUAAUUAA